CAGGGAGAGACCCAGGAGCGUUGACUCUAGUUAGUACUGAUUUGCAUUGAUGACCAUUUUCGUUGUAAUGAGGCCAACACUUACACUAGUGCCGGUAGAUGUAUAGUGCCUAGAAGGCUGAACAGAGUCCAUGCUCAUACGAGCACUUUUUAGAUGAGCAAAAGAACGAACUUUGAACUCAUCAUCACCUCACGAGUAUGUUGCUUAUAGAUGACCAAAAGAUAGAGAGCGAGAACAUUUUUCAAUGCCGAAGAAAAGAGCCAAAUCUUAAAAGAUGAGACGCCACAAGUCGUUUUCGUCCAGCUCUUGACUGCAACUUGUGCACCCUAACUCGGACAGCCCCUUGAAGAUGAAUAUCGGACAGCCCUAAGCAUGGCUGUCUCCGACGGCGCUUCUCAGAGUCAGGCUGCUCCAACGCUAAAAGACUUUCAAACGACGGAUUUUUGCGAGGAGGCAUUCAUAUUUUGAUUAGAAGCGCUGUAGGAGGAAGUGCUGUAGGAGUUGUUAUUUGAAUGAUGAGUAGAUAAACUUCGCGUUCGCGCAUUCAUUAUGAAGAAGCUUCUACAUCUACAAGUAUACCGAUUUAUAUCUCGACGUCGAGACGAAGUGUCUUGCUGUGUAUCAUCUACCCUAGGAGGGAUCCAUAACCCAACCUAAGCUGCUGCUCCUUUGCGUUUGUAGUAGCUCGUCCUCAGUCAUCUUCUACGUAUACCCCUGCAGUGGCUACAUUCACUCACUCACUCACUCACUCACCACAGGCACCUAAGGCCGAUAGUACUGGAGCAGUUUAUGCCGCGUCAGCGUCUAGUGGUGGAGCAACGAUGCCUGGCGCUAUGUCCGCCUUCGCUUUCACACACGAGGUAAAUGCCAACAACGCCGUUGGACAUGACAUCAAUGCAGCGAAGAGUCCGUUAAGGUUUAUUCUAGACACUCGCUAUCUCCAUCGGGUGUGAGGUGACUGAGCCGGUUAGCUAAGGCUGCUAAUUUGGGUACACAACGAACUUAUAACUACUACUACUCCUACUACGACUAGACGCUCGCUAUCCGGUGUGAGGUAUCCACGAUCACGCCCGAUUAGUUGUAGUGUCGUCUAGGAUGGUUCUAAACUGGUUUCUAGACGCUCUCUAUCUGUGAUUUCUAGACCCUCGCUAGUAUCCGUCACGUCCUGACAACUUGAGACGUGUUGCCGCUGGUUGAUAAUAGAGGGAAAAUUAUCAAAAGGAGGAAACAGGAAGGAAGCAAUCCACUCGAUCGAACUAGAUAGAAGUGAGUGUCUAGCACUAAGUCCAGCACUUGGCUCGCAAGAGGCUGGCGGCCGUAGUCCAACUCCUACAUCGUCUCCAGCGCCAGGAAUGGUAGACAACAACAAAGAAGAUCCUGGCGUUACGGCUACCGCUGAAGCAUCCUCAGACAGCGUCAUCCUUGGGCUCUUUUUUAAAGGGAAAAAGAGGCAUCCUCCACGGACAUCAUGGCACUCAAAGAGGAAAAUGCGAGCGCGGUAGUUCUAAUGGAGGAACUAGUGUUCUCCCUGGCGUUGCUCCUGUCUCAUCUUCUUUAUGGACAUAGAAAAGCUCCAUCUCUGGGAGGCAAUAAAAAACCGAUUCGAAAUUGAAAUUCUUCAACUUCGUGCUCUUUAUCUUAUCAUAAGAUGGAAGCAGCAGAUGAAAGAUUCUUGUUCAUCUUCAACUUCAUGCAUGGAUGAGGUUGGCGAUGAGUUAAGGAAUUUGGGCCUUAGAUUUAGAUUUUCUGCACGUGGUGCGGCGUGCUGUACAACGUACAGAACAUUAGCAUUUGAUAUUGCGGAUUAUUACAACUUAUCUUUGCCACAACUACAGCUAGAGCUACAGUGUCGACUUGUUGCAACGUUUCCAUCUCUAAGAUCAGAUGUAGGAGGUGAAAUUACCAAAGAACAGCAAAAAGCUGCAGUUGCCGGCACUCCGACGCCGGGCGUUAACGUUAAGGCUAUGUAUUGGUGAGUCAAUAUGAAGCGAGUCAAUGUGAAGGAGAGGCAGGGAGAAAAUGAACAGAGUUCGUCUAUUCGACCAAAAUGAAUCUGAGUGCUUUCCUCGUCUGUAGAGACUCACCUUGUCUCUAGGAUCUACCUUGUCUCUAGGAUCUCGCAAUCUCAUGUGUAAAGGCUUUGUUUCGUGUAGUUUCACGACUUCAUCCCCGUCAGUAGCCCCUCCUGCUGUACUUCUCACCCUUCUACUCUAAAAUCCGAAGUAGUACUAAAGACGGAAGUAGUCCACCUACAACAGGCGAACAAGAAGCUGCGAGUUUUUAAGGCUUGAGAGAAUCCAUCUUCCCCAUCAUCUUCUUCCCUUUUUGAAGCAGGACGCAGGACGCUUAGCAAGAUGGAUUUUUGCAAGGUCUAAGCUAAGCAAGCAGGCGAAGGGCAAGAAGCUGCGAAGCAACUUCCACCAAAUGCGGCAGUUGUUUCCACAGCUGGAGGGCCCGUCUUGGUUGGAGGGCAACAGAUGCUAAGGCUAAUUACCGCAAUGUAUAGAUACUUAUUCUGAGAAGCAUCCGCUGAGUCUAUAGUACAUACAUGACUGUAGUGUGUUGGCUUUCAUCUUUGAGUGCCCUUUUUGAAGAGGGAAACUUGUCGAAGGUGAGACGUUCUAGAUGGGUUCUUCAGUUCGCGUAUCUAUAAUAGAUAGAACAACACUCACGGCUUCUACUUACUUCUAAAAUUGGUGCGAAUGCAUCCAGGGAUGGCUGGCCUUGGGGGACUCAACGGAGCCGCGCUCACCACCGCAAUGAGCACAGGACUCUUCAACUUGAAUCUUACGGACAGGGACAGACUAAGAUUUCUAAGAAGUAGCAGGGACGUCUUCUAUUGUUGUUCUUCAGUGUCCGUGAACGAGCAAACUUUUGAAUGUAAAGCAUCCAUCUUCGUCUUGAUCUUCACUGACCCUCUGCUCCCCAGCACAUUUCUAAUCCUUAUUGCGCCGAGGCGAACCCUGCUCACCCGAGUCAUGCCAUGUACUUGCAGAUGAAGGCGCAGAUGGAGUCCAUGAUGGUUCAAAAUAUGGCUAGUAGUUGAUAUCCCAUGUGGACUAUGCUUGCUGAGUGAAGACAGCGCGCGCUUUGACAUAAAGGGGAAACAAUAACAAAGGGGGACGCAAGGCAUAUCACUCAAGCUCGAACGAUAGUACACAACUAGCGCUAAUCAAAGCGGGCAAGACCUUGAAGCCAUUCGGCAGGCCCAAGCGAAAGCGGAACGUGAGAGGAAAAUCAACCAGCUCUUUCAUUUCGUCCGCAACAUGGGGUUUGAUAAGGUAGGGAGCAGUCAGAAAAGAAAGUAUAAUUGCUUCUAGGAGCAAGAAUAAGGAGGCCGGCAAGAAAAAUAUCUGAGGUUUCUUUGAUAAAAAGGAAAAAGUUGAAGUAUUAUCACGAGUACGUAGGGGUAAGGAGUCACACUCAGGAAAGAGAAAGAUCAAGGGUCGUUUCUUGGAUAAGGUUGUAAGUUGACGUUGAGGCACACCUGAGCUAGACUUCUGGGAUCAUUCGAGAGCAGCAGCUCGCCAUGUUUCAAUACUUUCCCAUUUGCGACUAGGACUCUCCUCUCUGCUACAAUAAAGCUCGACUGACCGCACUCGUAUCCUUUCGAACCUCGUCUAAAAAAGCUGCGGAAAAUGGUUGUUGCGAAUCAAGGACGUGAUGACGCAUUUCCGACAAAAGAGGACUUGAAAACUUACGAAAGUGUAAAAAAAAAUGCCUUUCCUCACUUUCCUGCUCGAUGCUCUCCUACGUGCGCGCAUGUUUUCGCCCCGAUGAGUCCCUUUGUUGCUGGUAUUGAUUUUCUUAAAUUAGUUUCGAGCUUUUUGCUCCUAUCAUAAGGCAACGGCGUCCGCUACUUGCUAUUCUCAUUAUAUUACGUCUCCGCACUCUCGUCCCUCUCUGCUGGAUCUAUAUCUCCUCUAGUACUCAGUCACUUAUAUGAUCUGCUGAGAUAGAGACUAUGACUUCUAACUUAUAAUAUAUGAUCUGCUGACUAAUUUGACUAGAGACUAAUAUGAUAGAGACUAAUAUGACUAAUAUGAUAGAGACUAAUAUGACUAACAAAUUAUAUUGACCAAAUAUUGACAUCCGCCUUCUCCUACUUCAUGACACGGCGAAAGAUCCGCAAGGGCAUAGUUUUCUGCAUUGGUCAGCUUUAGGUGGGGACGAGGACUUCUGUAGGUGGGCCGUGGACGAAGUCGGUAUACCUUGUGACUCUGUCACCUUCAACGGUCAAACUUACGGAAGAUUACUCAAGCUGGAAGAACCUGAACCUGAAAGGUCCUCAAAACUAAACUAAUUCCCAUCAGGAUCACCUUCUUACUCUUAUACAUGUUGUUGGAUAGACGCUAGGGCGCAUUGUGUGAAAUAGACACUCAUACUUGUCUUAUUUGUGUGUCAUUUUUAAUGAUAAUUUACUCCAUUUUUAUUGACCAGUCCGGGUGGCGCCAAGCUCUAAGAAACGCCUCUCAUGUGGGCCACAUUACAAGGCCACAUCCAAAUUAUGCGGUUUCUUAUCGAAAGAGGAGCCGACAUGCGACGAAGGGACUCACUGGGAGCCACACCAUUGCUCCUGUCGAUGCAACAUAAACAGUACCACAUAUCAUACAGGAAUGAAAUCGAAGCCAUAUACAGGAGCUCUACUCUCCUUUACAGACCUCUCAUAUGAAGAAUAUGAUCUCCCCUCUCUACUUACUUAAGUAGGAAGAUACUCAUUUUACAUAAGCCAAACUCUACAACGCCUUGCCCUUCACUCCUUGGGUUGUGAUCCUUUACAGAGCUAUACUUCCUCUUUAUAGAGUCCAUUCUCUCGCACUAGCGUCCAGUCUCCUUCUCCUUCGCAAGCCUCUCGCUCAUCUGAAGAAGAUGGUCUCCCAUAUAAUGUCAAUGUGUGCUGAAGAAGAUGGUCUCCCAUAUAAUAUGUGCAAAGUAGAACCUGAACCCUACCACGACGUGUGCUUCACUUCUUGAGCGAUCCUUUCAGGGAACUCCCUUCACAAAGCUCAACCUCAGAUAUAUUGUAUCUAUGAGCCUGAAACUGACACCCCUUCCGUUCCCCUUCAGGAAACUCCCUUUCUUCCUGCUUGUCCAUCGAGAUCGUGGAGCCCUCGACGACGUGGAUAUCAACGGCUGUGGCGCAGUGCACUGGGCCGCUUACAAGAGUGACAUACUGUUAUGCUGGGGCUGCACUUGUAGACGAGACUCUUAGACUUAUAAUGAAUGUUCUUAAUAUACAAGACUUCGAGUGCCGCUAGAUUUUGACUGCCACGCACAAUAUGAGUAUUGUCAUGCUGAGGCUGUACUUGUAGAGACAUGCUACUCUUUAAGGAGGCUACUUGGUGGUCUAGAGACUACUUGGCUUUGUAGAGCCUUACUUUUGUGGAGGGGGCUCUGUCUUACUUGGUUCACUCUAGCACUAGUGCUAGAUCUCGGAAUGCGAAUCCCUACCAUCCACCGCUACUUCUUCUAAUCUCCGCGCUGAAAUUCCUCGACUAUUUUCAGGCGGACUUGAAUGCCAUAGACUUCUCACGGAUGACGGCGCUCCAUCGUGCAGUGAUCGGUGGAAGCAUAGAGGUCUGCGAGUUCUUACUGAAGAAGAAUUAAGGCCUCACCUAAGAAGUCCCUCAUCUUUUAGAAAGUUCAUCUGUGGGCUGUUUUCAAGUAGAUGAGAAAGAGAAGUCGACGCAGAUGACGCGAAAGAUGCUGGAUUGUAGAGUUGUUAGCUCUAAAAGAAGGUGAGCCCGUAUUUGAAAAACAAAGACGGAGAAGACAUACUCAAAGUUGCGGAAAAGGAUAAGAGUACUACUUUUCUAAGAAGUAUUUUCUUCCCACUUGUACUUCCUAACUCUUCACCCCUGUCCCCGACGUCCAAAGACACCAUAGAUAACUAACCGUCGUCAGAAGAUAGUCCUCACCUUAAUACAUGAUCUGUAUCAAUCUACUAGAAGAAGAAGCCCCAGCUUCUAUUUUUGAUCCUGCUAAGAGAAUGCUUAGUACCUUGCAUGAUCUCAGAAGAUAGAUAAUCCUACAAUACCUUCUCUAUCCUUGCAUCUCAAAGAGAAUACUUAAUGCUACACGAUCUCUAUUCUCUUUCUCAGAUAAUCCUACAAUACCUUCUCCUUCUCUAUCCUUGCAUCUCUAAGAGAAUACUUAAUCCUACAAUACCUUCUCUAUCCUUGCAUCUCAGAUAAUCUACACGAUCUCUAUCUUCUACUUGCUCUGCAGAUAAUCCCUAUCUUGCGUCGGCGCUUAAGGAGUCGAUAAAGAAGUACGCCGAUCCCAGUCACGUUCCUGAACAGAUCCCAGAGGCCACAGUGAUAGGAUCUGCUGUGGAAGAGCCCAAAGGAAGCGAAAGUCCCAAGAAAAAAGAUGCGGGGAUAGCAGGUAUGAUCAUUUGAGUUGUAUCAUUUGAAGAGUUGUAUGAUCUGUAGCAUAAUGUGAGUAAUAGGAAGAGACCACCUCCCUGUAAAACUUAGGAUGAAGUUUGAAAGGCAAAGGUAUCAUCUGUAGUAAUGUGAGUAAUAGGAAGAGACCACUUCCCUGUAAAACUAGAAGCGUUUUCCUUUCGUUGUUUGAGUACCACCUCCCUUGUGAGUAACUAGAAGCGUUUUCCUUUCCUUGUUUGAGUACCACCUCCCUUGUGAGUAACUAGAAGCGUUUUCCUUUCCUUGUUUGAGUUUGGUCUGUCUUGUAGUUUCGCAACUGCUCUACGUAGUUCUCUUUUACUCUUGAUAUUCCAUUCCAGUGGCAGCGAGUCCCUAAUAGGCAUAUUUCCCUUGCUGCUCCAAACAUCUACUGAAGCGUCUAAAUGAAAACGAAAAACGAAAGCACGACGCGUCUAUUGAUCCUGAACAUCACAAAUCAUCUUGAACAUCACAAAUCAUCUUGAGCUCAGGUGACAUCAAGUCUAUGGUUGGCGAGCCGGACUUUCAGAAGUAUGCGAUUCCGAGUAUCUACCUCGGUUCCGCGAGUUUCGCACUUUACUUACGGCUAUUUAUUACUGCUUCCCCAUUUGCAUCCCUCAGAGUACCAUCGUCUUGGAGGGAAGGGGGAAUAACCACGCUAGUCGCUUCUGGAAGGCAGACUACACUUCACUUCUUCUAAACUACACUGUACGUCUACUACACAGUGUCACAUGCCAAGGAUGAAUAAAGAAAACUACACAGGCCAGGUGGGAAGAUGAAUACAGGAAAGAUACAAGGAGCUAGAGCUAGGAGAAGGAGAUGAAUAGAGGAAAGAUACAAGAAGUAGAACGGCCAGCACCGUUCAUGCUCUAAUCUCCGUCCACGUCCAGUACCUGAUUGUAGUAGGCCCGCAAGUUGCGCCUUUCCUUACAAACCUGGUGUGGUUCAUGGUGCCAAGCGCGAUGGCUUUGUUUUUAUGGCAAGUAAAAAACUGUCCAUGGCUGUAGUACUGAAGAGGACACUUCUGGUGACUGAUCGAGAUCGCACUCGGAGACUUAGGCUACUCAAAGUAAGCAAGUAACAGAAACGAUAACCGAGUCUGUGAGAUUAUUCGCUGGCAUGCUCGGCUAUUUCCGUCUUUCGACGAGUGCCUCACUCAUCUGGUCCUCCUCGUGGUAUAAUUGAUCCACUGUCACUUCUGCUAUUGGCGCCUUAUUCAUCUGGAUCUGGGCUUCGUAUUGGUGUUGAGCUCCUUUUUGUGGCCAGAAAACUAAGAGGAACACUAGGAGGAACACUAGGUUCCGCCUGCCGCCGGUUUGCGAACUGGAUAAAGCUGAGGCCGCUCUUUCAGUAGCCCCAGGAUACAAAAAAAAAGAAAACUUUUUUCUGAAAUCUCCAAAUCCAAAUCUCAAAAAUGUCAAAAAUGUUGAAUUCAGUCUCUUUACUCUAAGUCUCGUCUACCUGAUGAAUAGUGCGCCCGGUCACUGGGAGAGGCGGCCUAUUGGGCGUAGUGCAGUCGAAGAAUUGAUGGCGGACAUAGACUCCGAUACUCCUGUUGAGGAUCAGCGCUUCUCUAGGCUCUGCACGGAAUGCUGGAUACAGAAGGACCUCCGGACAAAGCAUUGCUCUGUUAUUAUGGAAAGUAGGUAAAAAUUGGAUGCAGAGUUUCGAAAACUCAAAAUAAGCGAGUUACUGACUGAAAUAAGGGAGGUAGCUUUGACAGGGCUACUCUUCCUGGUUCAGUGUCUCGCUUUUUUUCAGUAUUUACUCGCUUAUUUCAGUUUUUCGAAUAGCUAAAAAUUGGAUGGAGAGAGAUAGGACAUUAUGCUCGUCGCCACGUCGGUGGCGGAGGUGGUUCUUAAUAUCUGCCUGCUGUCUUUCAAUAUCAAUAUUACAGGAGAACUGUUAAGUGAUUGGAAGUAUCUAUACGCUGUAUCGUUUAUCGGAACACAAUGGAGGCUAGACUCAUUAUCUGUCAUCAAGCAGAAAUACGCUGCGUCACAAUGUCACGGACGAUGCUCUAACCUCCCCAACAUCUGCGUGCGUGAGUUUGACCACUAUUGUGGAUGGCUGGCGGUUCCAAUUGGGCGCAACAACAACCGGCAAUUUGUCAUGCUCGCCAUCUGGGAACUCUUAGCGCAGUUAGCCCAUCUUUUCCUUAUGGUUAUAUAUUUAUAAGCAGGCUAUUUUCCUGUGUAAUGCGACCAGUAACUACUAAGUAAAAAGAUAGUACAAGUAGAACAUCCAUCAAGAAGUUAAAAAUAUAGUUUCGUCUAAGUAAAAGUAGUGCAUGUCGUUGAAGAUCGUCGUGGUUCUUUAAUCUACUGAAAGUGAAAGCUAAUUGAACUAGUAUUGAUAAAGAUCGCGGCUUUCGAUGUCUUUUUUAUCCUACAGGAGCGCCAGCAUUUGCUUUGAGAAAUACACGAUGACGCAAAGCAUUGCCUUAUUGUUUUGUAUAUUCAUAUUGCUACACCAUUUGCCUCUUGUUGACAUAGAAAAAAUCCACGACAAAGUAAAGCUUCCUCAUUGUCUCCCAUCACGAUUCUAAUUUCCUGGUCUUGUAAUCUAGCCACUCUUAGUUGUACUACUCUUAGUUGUACAACUCGAGCAAGAACAUCACGGCGCUUCUAGUUUCCUGAUCAUCCUUUAUUCUAGCUCUAGCAUGACUACAGCGCCGCACAAUUCUAAUUCCCUGAUCCUCUACUGUGUCCAUGCGGAGGCGGUUAAGGACCAUGCUGGAAGAUCUGCGGGAGGCAUGGCUGUGAUCGAUGGAGUAGAAACCGCCGUACCAGACGAAAGCGGGCCCGGAUUCUUUGGAACCAUAUACUUCGUACUCAAUUAUUUGUUUGCUAAGUCAUCUUGGUCUUAGUUUAUCCCUUGUCCACUCCAUGCAUCUACCUAUCAUAGCGCACCGCCGGUAAUUGAUCACUAACGCAUUUUUUCUCCACCAGAACCGAAAAUUUCCCAUAACUUUCAGACCGUCACGAACUGCACGAUGAUCGCUUUUGUGGUGUUUUUGCACUGCUUGACGAUUCCUUGGGUCUGCUGCUUGACCAGUUACCACCUCCGCCUUGUUGCCCGUAACUUGACGACGAAUGAAGUGAUUAAUCUUUAUGGGCAGGACUGCCUUGGGCGUUAGAAGAAGAUCCACCCUCGUCUCAUGCCUGUUCUGGCAAAGGCAAAGUGGCUACUAGGUGAGGGAGGGCAUGAUCUACUAGGUGAGGGAUACAAGAAUGAUGACACUUCACAACGCAUUCGCACUGUUCUUGGUGUCGAAGACUGUUUGAUACAGAUACUGAUAGGAGGUAGAAGAAACUACAAUAGCUGCAAAAAUAGCUCAACUUCUAACCCGUCAACCGAUACGCGCACUUCUGGACGACUGGCACUGAUGCGAAUGGCGCACCAAAACGCGAGUUUACGAAUCCUUGGGACAAAGGAGGCGCUCAAGCGAAUUGUCUCGACUUCUGGUGGUGGCGGACACGAGGAAGCUAUUUAUGAUGACAUAUAUGAACAAGAAGAACGACAACGAGAGGUCAGGACUGAGAACAAGAUCAAGAUGCUCAGUAUGCGACACUUCUACUACUUGUCACGACUCUACAGCUUGAAACUAUCGAUCUUGCCGCUUCUUCUAUCCACACUGUAAGGGCGGAGAGCCUGCUGCUCUUGUUUACAGUGAAAAAGCUUUUCAUUUUUUUGUCGUGUGAAAUCUCCUACUGUAAAUACGUUACAACAAGUGAUCUUGUCUGUUGAUGUUGUUGUUCGUCGACUCAGUUAUAAAUGAGAUCCACUGUAGGUGUAGCCCUAGCCGUAGGUGUCCCCUGCUCUUUCGUAUUCUUCGCAGCCACUACCUCUCUUUCAUAUUCCGGAAAAGGCUACCAGAGCAUCCCGAUGCAGGAGCUCGAUGGGAUAUUGUCCUCCGUCGGCAGCAGCUGA